GGACGUGAAAGGGCAUUUUGGACACUAUGAGCUGUAAGACAAUGGAACAACCGACCCUCGAGCUUUGCUUCCAUGACGGCCUUGUCCAGGACAACAAAGAGGGAGAUGGCAGAGUGUUUGAUCUGACGACGUAGCAGCGCAAUCAAGCUGCCGUCAGUCCCAAUACCCGUGAGCACCGCGGUGCUGACAUGGGUUGCUCACAUGACAUGCCGAAAUACCUCAUGCCUUUUGAGGCCUUCAAGACAGCCAUGAUUGAAUGAGCUGGAUAGACUUCGUGAUGGCAAGAAUGAGGUGUGCGGGAUGGAUGGAUCAGCCAGGGUCAGGCUGGGGCCGACGAGAUUUGUUUAUAGCCAAGGUCCGGGCGCGUUCCCGGGCCGGCAGCGACGCCUGCGGAGAAGGCACGAUGCAACAACUCGACCAGCAGCAGCAGUCCUCAGUCGAAUGUCCUCAGAGUCGUACGAUGCGAAAUCCUGUCGCGUGCGUCUCAUGCAGGAGCGCGAAGCAGCGAUGUCUCAACAACCAGGACGGGCAGCCGUGCGAGCGGUGCAAGUCCAGCGGUAGGGCGGAGGUGUGCGAAUACCCUCCACCCGGCACCUCAGCAAUCCAUCGCAAGCCAAAGCGGCCACGCCCCUCAGAGGAUCUCGGAGACACGCCGCCAGGAACCGCAAAGCACGCAGCCAAUUAUGCGACGCCCACCCAGAGUCUAUACCGCCGCAAUGACGUGGGCGUGCCGAACGGCUUCAGCGGCGUCCACAGUCCCACGGCUGGCAAUGCCGCGCCCUCGCCGAACGCGGCAUCGUGGUCGUCGCUGCUUGACGGCCUGGACCCGUUCGAGCUGCUGACGGACGAGGUCAAGAACAGCUAUCUGCGCUGCUCGUACAAAUGGAGCUUCCACCACACGCCCACGCUGCUGCUGCGCAUCCGCGACCGCACGCUCGAGCCAUGGAUGGCCUGGGCAAUACUCGCGCUGGCGAUCCGCUUCGUCAAAGAUCCGCCGCCGCCGUUCCAGACGCAGACUGAGGCCAGCAAUGCCUACGCCGCCCACGCCCGCCAGAUCCUGCAGUCGGACCUCGAGACGCCGAGCAUCAGCCGCGUGCAGGCGCUCCUCAUGCUAACGGGCCACGACUGGGGCGCUGGAAACGGAAGGCGCGCCUGGAUCUAUCUCGGCAUGGCCAUCCGCCUCGUCGAGGUCAUGGACCUGACGCAGGAGCUCAAGGUGCCGCGCAACCGCAUGCCGACACGCGAGGAGUUCAUCGAGGCCGAAGUCCGUCGCCGCACCGCCUGGACAUGCUUCCUGAUGGACUCGCUGCUGAGCGGGGGGAAGGGCCGGAAGCGCUCGUUGCAGGCAGAAGACAUGGCCAUCCAGCUGCCGUGCGAGCGCGAGAACUUCGUCUUCGGCGAGCCGACGUGCACCGAGCAGCUCGACAGCAGCGUGCGCAUGCCGCCCGUCGCCCUCCCAGUCGGCGAGAUCGGCAUCAUCGGGUACAGCUUGCGAGCGGCCAACGUAUGGGGCAAGGUCGCAAAGUGGGCGUGCUCCGAGGACUUCAAGACGGAGCUGCCGUGGUCGCCGACGUCGCUGUUCCAGCAGCUCGUCUACGAGCUCGACCGCUGGAAGAAGUCGCUGCCCCAGCGCCUGCAGUACGACCUCUUCGCCCUCCACAGCCACAAUGCCGUCGAGCAGGGGCCAGGCAACGGAGGCAGUGCAGACGAGCGCCCGUACUCGUAUGACGAGCACAAGGACAUGUGGAAGAGCUGGCAGAAGACGUCGCGGAAAGAGCUGUUCAACGAGUCCUUCAUGGUGCUCGAGAUGCUGGAAGAGAUGCGCACCCUUUGGCUCGGUGUCAUGCUGUACUGCUUCAACUUUCCCAGCCCGGACGACGAUCCGCGCUUGCGUGAGAAGGCACGCCGCUGUGUGAUCAACGGCUGUACGUUCUUGAAGGAGAUGAGGACGCAGUGGCCAAUGGCAGAGACUUGGUUCGAGACCAUUAAGCGCAUGCAGGCCUACUACCGCUCCGCUCUAGGCCAAGACCCUCCGACCUCCCCAGAAGAGCGUCAAGUCUUGCGACGAGCCAUGGUCGACUAUGGCGCACUGCAGCCCUCACCCGUGCAGAAACAAGAGUCUUCUGGCAGCGUAGACACGUCCGGCGUUGCUAACAUUUCGCCGCAGAAGCCACUCAACAUGCAAUCACUCAACCACACCUUCGGCGCCACACCCCCUUCAGCUGCCCCAACACCCAAUGCGUACCCAGCGUCAUACGCAUGGAAUGCACCGAAUGAGAUACCCCCACUUGAAGCCGACGAGACUUUCAACCUUGAUUCCUUUGAUUUAAGCAAUGCAGAACUGGAGGAAAUGAUGAUUAAUGCGACACAGGAUUUCUGGGCGAGUUUUCCGGGCGAGGUUGGUGUUGGAUAUCAGUGAACAAAAUGUCGUUUAUGCUUUAUAAGAACUCGAUAACUUAAUGAACUCUCCU